AUGGCACCUGUGAAGAUCAGCCAUGUGGUGUCAUUUUCUUCUCAGGAUCCGAAGUAUCCUGUGGAGAACCUACUGAACCCAGACAGUCACAGGGGACCUUGGCUCAGCUGUCCUCAGGAUAAAAGUAGGCAACUAAAAGUGGAACUACAGUUGGAGAGAGCAGUACCCAUUGGCUACAUCGAUGUGGGUAACUGUGGCUGUGCUUUCCUACAGAUUGAUGUGGGUCGUUCUUCUUGGUCCCUGGACAGACCUUUCGUCACCCUUCUCCCUGCAACCAUGCUAAUGUCUCUAGCUGAUUCAAAGCAAGGAAAGAAUCGCUCAGGGGUCCGCAUGUUUAAAGAUGAUGAUUUUCUGGCUCCAGCCUCAGGUGAGUCAUGGGAUCGACUUCGCCUCACCUGCUCCCAGCCCUUCACAUGUCACCAAACCUUUGGCCUGGCCUUCCUGCGGGUUCGUUCUUCUCUGGACUUGUUAGAUGACUCCAUGUCAGGCCCCUCAGGCCCUCUGAGCUCUGGAACAAACCAGGGAUCUCCUGAUGCUCAGGAGUCUAGUCCUAGUCCCUGGCUGGCUAAUUCUUCCAUCCGGAGGACAUUCUUUCCAGAUCCCCAGAGGAGCCCCAAGAAAAUUUCAGAGCUCAAGAAUAUUCUGAAACAGCUCCAGCCGGGGACUCUGGGGCGGUCAGCCCAAAUGGUACUUUCAGCUGCCCGCAGGAUGCCCCCUGCUAAUAUGGAAGAGCCAAGGAACACCCACACAGAACCAGGUGGCAGUCAUCAAGAUCACUUGGAAACCAGACCCAAGGAGCAAAAUUCAGAGAAUGGCUCCAGCAGGAGGAAGAGACAGAAAAUACACAAACCUCACAGAAUCCUAUCUAAAUCCAGCUAUCGACCAAAUAGAAGGGGGACAACACAAAAACGUCAACCUCAAACCCAAAGCAAUGGACAGAAACAACAGCGUCAACCUCAAACUCAAAGCAUUUGUGUCCAGGAGAGUGGACAAUGUCCCAUUUGCACUGGCUCCUUCACUGUUGAGAUUCUACCCCUGCACGCUGCCACUUGUGGAGAGACCUCCCCACCUCAUCCAUCCUCUCCCUCUUCAUCAUCAUCUUCCUCCCAGUCUCCACAACCCAACUGGACAGAGAUCAUGAACAAAAAGCUGAAGUUCCCACCUCUACUCCUGGGUGCCAUUCAGGAGGGACGCCUGGGUCUUGUGCAGCAGCUGCUAGAGUCAGUAGAGGCCACAGGUGGUGGUGGGCCCCUGCGGAAUGUAGAAGAGGCCGAAGACCGCUCAUGGAGGGAAGCCCUCAACUUGGCCAUCCGCCUGGGCCACGAGGCCAUCACUGAUGUACUCUUGGUCAAUGUCAAGUUUGACUUCCGGCAGAUCCAUGAAGCACUGCUAGUGGCGGUGGAUACAAACCAGCCAGCAGUGGUGCGUCGCCUACUGGCCCGGCUGGAUCGGGAGAAGGGCCGUAAAGUAGACACUAGGUCCUUCUCACUGGCUUUCUUUGACUCAUCAAUCGAUGGCUCCCGCUUUGCACCUGGUAUCACUCCACUCACCCUGGCCUGCCAAAAGGACUUGUAUGAGAUUGCCCAGCUGCUUAUGGAUCAGGGCCACACUAUCGCCCGGCCACACCCAGUCUCCUGUGCCUGCCUUGAGUGUGGCAAUGCCCGCCGCUAUGACCUGCUGAAGUUCUCCCUGUCCCGCAUCAACACCUACCGCGGCAUUGCCAGCAGGGCCCACCUCUCACUAGCCAGUGAGGAUGCCAUGCUGGCUGCCUUCCAGCUCAGUCGCGAGCUCAGGCGUCUUGCUCGCAAGGAGCCCGAGUUUAAGCCUGAGUAUAUUGCACUGGAGUCACUGAGCCAGGACUAUGGCUUUGAGCUGCUGGGCAUGUGCCGGAACCAGAGCGAGGUCACUGCUGUGCUCAAUGACCUGGGCGAAGACAGUGAGACUGAGGCUGAGGGCCUGGGCCAGGCCUUUGAAGAGGGCAUCCCCAACCUGGCAAGGCUGCGACUGGCUGUCAACUACAAUCAAAAGCGGUUUGUAGCCCACCCCAUCUGCCAACAAGUCCUGUCCUCCAUCUGGUGUGGGAACUUGGCCGGCUGGCGUGGAAGCACCACCAUCUGGAAGCUCUUUGUCGCUUUCCUCAUCUUCCUCACCAUGCCCUUCCUCUGCCUUGGCUACUGGCUGGCACCCAAGUCCCGGCUGGGCCACUUGCUAAAGAUUCCCGUGCUGAAGUUCCUGCUGCAUUCGGCCUCCUAUCUGUGGUUCCUCAUCUUCCUGCUGGGAGAGUCCCUGGUUAUGGAGACACAGCUCAGCACCUUCCGUGGCCGCAGCCAGAGCGUCUGGGAGACUUCCCUACACAUGGUUUGGGUCACAGGCUUCCUCUGGUUUGAGUGUAAGGAGGUGUGGAUCGAGGGCCUGCGCAGUUACCUCCUGGAUUGGUGGAACUUCUUGGAUGUAGUUAUUCUCUCUCUGUACCUGGCAGCCUUUGCACUGCGCCUCCUUCUGGCUGGACUUGCCCACAUGCACUGCCAGUAUGCCCCGGAUGGAACUGCCUGCCACUAUUUCACCACUGCUGAGAGAAGUGAGUGGCGCACUGAGGAUCCCCAGUUCUUGGCUGAGGUGCUCUUUGCUGUCACCAGCAUGCUCAGCUUCACCCGCCUGGCCUACAUUCUGCCAGCUCAUGAGUCACUGGGCACUUUGCAGAUUUCCAUUGGCAAAAUGAUUGACGACAUGAUGCGAUUCAUGUUCAUCCUAAUGAUCAUCCUGACUGCCUUCCUCUGUGGCCUCAACAACAUCUACGUGCCCUACCAAGAGACAGAGCGGCUGGGCAAUUUCAACGAGACAUUCCAGUUUCUGUUCUGGACCAUGUUUGGCAUGGAGGAGCACAGUGUGGUAGACAUGCCUCAGUUUCUGGUGCCUGAAUUCGUUGGCCGGGCCCUCUAUGGCAUCUUUACCAUCGUCAUGGUCAUAGUGCUGCUCAACAUGCUCAUUGCCAUGAUCACUAACUCCUUCCAGAAGAUUGAGGAUGAUGCUGAUGUAGAGUGGAAGUUUGCUCGCUCCAAGCUCUACCUGUCAUACUUCAGAGAGGGGCUGACACUGCCUGUGCCUUUUAACAUUCUGCCCUCCCCAAAGUCCAUCUUCUACCUUCUCAGGAGAAUUUUCCGGUUCAUUUGCUGUUGCUGCUCCUGCUAUAAAACCAAGAAGCCAGACUAUCCCCCAAUUCCCACCUUUGUCAAUCCCGGGGCAGGGACCGAGCCUAUGGAGGGAGAACGAGGAUCCUACCGGCUUCGUGUCAUCAAGGCCCUGGUUCAACGCUACAUAGACACUGCCCGGCGUGAGUUUGAGGAGACUCGUCGGAAAGACCUCGGCAACAGACUGACAGAGCUGACAAAGACUGUGUCUCGUCUACAAAGUGAGGUGGCUGGUAUGCAGCGGACUCUGGCAGAAGGAGGGACACCCCGGCCCACUGAUGGUGCCAGCAUCCUCAGUCGCUAUAUCACUCGAGUGCGUAAUAGCUUCCAGAACCUGGGGCCCCCCAUCCCUGAGACCCCAGAGUUGAUAAUGCCAGUGAUUGCAGAAACCCAAGAAUCUGCAGAAACUGAGCCUCAGGACACUGGGGGAACUAGGGCUUCAGCUUCUGGUGAGCCUGGACCCUCUUCCCCAGCUCAUGUGCUAGUACAUAGGGAGCAGGAAACUGAGGGGCCUGGAGAUCUGCCCCAGGAGGAGGGUUUGGGAACCUAG